CGCAUGUGUUCUCUUAUUAAGUUGUCGGAUCAAAAUGGAGCAAUCUUUGAAUUUGAAUGUUGUGGAAACUGAUGAUAAUUCCAUGAUUACGGAAGAAAAUGCCAGUAAUUAUGCUCUCAGUGUUUCUAAUGAGUUGCGUAAAGAAUCUAAUUUUGUAAGUAAUCCUUCUGAAAAUUUGUGUCUUAAAUCUUGUGCGGUGUCUGAUUCAGAUGCAUCUUUUGUUUACAAUGUCGAAUCUGUUUCUCCAAAACAAUCGGACGGAACUUAUCCGCCCUAUGCCAGGAAAUCACUUCAAUCACCUCAUGUUCUCCAUGUUCGUUCCGCUGAAUCUGACCAUUUGAGUGAGAACCAUGCAGAAUUUACAGCAAGUGAAAACCAAAGUUCAUCCCAAGGUAGUAACCUUCAAGUUUUUAAGAACUCUAAACUAGAAGACUCAAGUGGAGGUGUAUCUGAUCAAAAAUUUCCUAAAAUUGAUACUGAUUCCUGUGAUCAGAGUGUGAUAAGUUCUUGUGAUCCUUGUUCAGCUGAACUUCCUGAUAAUGCUAAAAAGGCUGGUAAAAUGGAUGAGUGUUUGAUAAACCGAUUUAAUGCGCUGUCUUGUGCCUCUAAUCAGUUAAAAGAUUCAAACCUUAGCCAAAGCAAAAAGCGUAAAAGAGAAGAAAUGCAAAACAGUGACACUGACUCGAAUAGUGUGGAUGAUGAUGCUUCUCUUGAUGAUGCAGAAAUUGAUGCCAUUCCUUUCUUUAUUGCACUGGGAGUGCCCUCAGCAGCAGAAGUCGUUGCUGAAGUUUUACAGGAUGAUUUUGAUGAGGAACACAUCAAUGAGGAAGUUUUGGAUGACAUAAAUUGUGCAACAGAGGUUUAUAUUCAUAAGACAUUUAGAGAUAUGAUUAUUGAGAAACAAGAAGAAUUAUUGGAAAAACAUAGGAUCCUCACCUCUUCCGAAGGCUCAGCUGCUCAGAGCUCAAGCAGUAAUGAUGAAGAUGUUGUUGACAUUUUUGCUGUUCUUCAGGAGUAUCCUGAUCUUGUGCCUCUUGAAACUGUACGAGACAUGGCUAUUGAAUUUAUGUUUGCAAGAAUGACUGAUGCUUUGGGGGAUAUAUUUUGUUAAAAAUUAUAAUAUUCAUUUAUACUUAUUGUAUCAGCUUAUAUAUUUUGUUUAAAUAAAGGUCCAGCUCUAUUUUAUAUGACUAUGGGCUGAAAUUUCAAAA